AUGGAAAUGGGAAGUGAAGAAGAAAAAUGGGAGAAGCUGGAUGCGGAAUUUGAUCACUUUGUGGUAGAUAUGAAGCCUUUCGUUCUAAAAUUACCCCACAGGUCAGAACGGCAGCGGUGCGCACUCUGGAUCAGAAAGCUGUGUGAGCCUUCAGGUACCGGCACCGGCAUCCAGGGCAGGAAGAACCGCAACUUGUACGCCAAGCUCCUGCUGCACAUGCUCCGGCGGGGGGUGCUGGAGGGCCCGUUCACGCAGCGCCCCGAGCCAGGGACCCUCAGAGCCCUGCCUUCCUACAUGUCCAUCUAUUUUGAUGAACCAAAUCCAGCACAAGCCAAAGGGUCCAGCCCGGAUGGAUUACCGGACUGGGUGGUGGGUGAGCUGGGGACCAGCGAACACAGAUGCAGCGAAUCCCGGGAGCUUUCCCCUGGAGAAGAUUACUCUUUGGUGCAGUCGCCGACCGAUGUCCACAGGGAACAAUGCAUUGCGAAGUUCCAAACCAGAUCACAGUCUAUGAGUCCAACCCGCAGAGAAGAUGGACGGAUUAUUACCCCAAAGGAUUGUGAUAUUCAUUUGAAAAAAUCUGCUCUUUCUUUGGAUGACAGUGACAUGGAAACUCGCCUUAAUAGCUGGAAUCUUGGGAUAGAAAACCCUCGAUACCUGAGACAGAAGCCCAUCCCAGUUACUCUGAUGACUCCGAAAUUCAGCCUGAGAAAAUCCAGCAGUCUCCACGAUGACCAGUUACUCUCCCGCAUGCAUGAGAAAGAGUUGGACAUGAAAACAAAGCUGAUGGAAGCUAAAUAUCAUGAAGAGAAACUUAAAUUGCAGCAGAAACACGAUGCUGAUGUUCAGAAGAUUUUAGAAAGAAAGAAUAAUGAAAUAGAAGAAAUGAAAACUUUAUACAAAAAGAAACAAAGUGAAACUGAGGAGACUAUUAGAAAACUUGAGAAGAAAGUUCAGACCCUUGUCCGAGAAUGCCAGGUUAUCAGAGAGACCAAAGACAACCAGAUCGCAGAGUUAAAAAAGAUAUGUGAGCAGAGCACAGAAUCUCUGAAUAAUGAUUGGGAAAAAAAGCUCCACAACGCUGUAGCAGAAAUGGAAAAGGAAAAGUUUGAACUUCAGAAGCAACACACGGAAAAUAUUCAAGAAUUGCUCGAGGACACAAACGUGCGGCUGAACAAAAUGGAGGGUGAAUACGUGGCGCAGAUGCAGUCCACAAACCAGAUGAUCAAAGAACUGGAGUCCCGUGUCCAGCAGCUGACUGGAGAAGCGGAGAACAGUAAUUUACAAAAACAAAAAUUAAUUCAAGAAAAACUGGAACUGGAGAGAUGUUACCAGAUAACAUGUAAUGAAUUACAAGAAGUAAAGGCAAGGCGCAACACACUGCAGAAAGAGAAAGACCAUCUCAUCGGUGAUUAUGAGCAAAACCUGAAACUAUUACAAGCCAAGUGUGAUGCUGAUGUCAACCUUCUGAAAAAGGAACAUGGUCUUUCUGCUUCUAAGGCAUCUGGUGUGAUUAAAGAGCUAGAACAGAACAUCUGUCAAUUAAAGCAGCAAUUACAGGAAUCAGAACUUCAGAGAAAGCAGCAGCUCAAGGAUCAAGAAAAUAAGUUUCAAAUGGAGAGAAGUCACUUAAAACGCACCUUUGAGAAAAAGAUUCACGAUUUACAGAGUGAACUUGAUAAGGAAAAAGAAGAUGCUCAAAAGAAAAUCCAUAGACUUGAGGAAGCUUUGAAGGAGAAGGAGGAGCAGCUGACCCGCGUGAGCGAGGGGCAGAGGCUCCAGGCACAGCAGGCGGACGCCGCGCUGGAGGAGUUCAAGCGGCAGGUGGAGCUGAACUCAGAGAAGGUCUACGCGGAGAUGAAGGAGCAGAUGGAAAAGGUGGAAGCAGACCUGACUCGGUCCAAGUCUCUCCGUGAGAAGCAGUCCAAGGACUUCCUGUGGCAGCUGGACGACGUCAAGCAGAGAUACGAGCAGCAGAUAGUAGAGCUGAAGCUGGAGCAUGAACAGGAGAAGACGCACCUAUUACAGCAGCAUAACGCGGAGAAGGAGAGCCUAGUCCGAGACCACGAACGGGAAGUCGGAAAUCUGGAGAAUCAGCUCCGCGCUGCCAAUAUGGAGCACGAAAAUCAAAUCCAAGAGUUCAAGAAACGAGACUCACAGGUGCUCGCGGACAUGGAGGCGCAGGUGCAUAAGCUGAGAGAGGAGCUGGUCAGCGUGAACUCGCAGCGGAAGCAGCAGCUGGUGGAGCUGGGGCUCCUGCGGGAGGAGGAGAAGCAGAGGGCCACGCGGGACCACGAAGCCGCGGUGAGCAAGCUGAAGGCCGAGUCGGAGAAGAUGAGGCUCGAGCUGAAGAAGACCCACGCCGCCGAGGCGCAGCUGACGCUGGAGAAGGCCAACAGCAGGCUGAAGCAGAUUGAGAAGGAAUACACCCAGAAGCUGGCCAAGUCUUCUCAGGUGAUCGCCGAGCUGCAGGGCACCGUCUCCUCACUGCGGGAGGACAGCAGCCGGCAGCAGCUCGCGGCCGAGCGGCGGCUCCAGGACGUCGUGCGCAAGUUUGAAGACGAGAAGCAGCAGCUGAUCAGAGAGAACGAGCGAGCCGUCCAGGCUUUACAAGAAGAACUGGAAAACCGCUCGAAACAAGUGCGAUCCAUAGAGAAGAAGCUACAGCACAAGGAACUGGAGUCACAGGAGCAGAUAACUUACAUACGACAAGAAUAUGAAACAAAAUUUAAAGGGUUGAUGCCGGCAUCUCUAAGACAAGAACUUGAAGACACCAUCUCCUCCCUAAAGUCACAGGUUAACUUCCUGCAGAAGCGGGCGUCAGUCCUACAGGACGAGCUGACCGCCUACCAAAGCAGAAGAAAGGACGCUCAGAUGAGUCCCUGCUGA